AUGGGCAAAAGGAAAAAGUUAUCUUCAUCUGAAGACGAUGAUAUCGACGACCGAUACCAGCCAUCAAAUGCAUCAUCGGAAGAAGCCUCUGAAGGAGGCUUCAAUUCUUACUCUUCUAGACCAAAGUCCAAGAAAAGGAGAGCGCCCAAGAAGGCCAUACCAACGAAGAAGACAUCUAAACAUAACACCUAUAGGUCAAAGAGACUCCCUUCUAUAUCUGACGACGAUACUGACGAUAUUGAUGAUUCCGGUUAUGACCAUCAAGAACAGAGGACAACAGCCAAGCAAAGAAAUAAUAGUGCUGAUUCGUCACCGCAUCAGAUUGUCAUUGGGCUGUCGCCUGGAAAAAGUCGGGCCUACAUAGCUAGACAGAAGGGCAUUACUGUUGAAGAACUGGAAGCUCAACAAUGCGUGAAGAGUAAACCCAAACCAACCAAGAAACCAGUAGCUCGGACGAGUAAAGCAGCAAGUAGCAAACCUGCUAGAACUAAAGAAAAAGCUCUCGCUGCUCCUGUGAAACCAAAACGUCGCAAAAGAUCUACUAAACAGGCUAGGCCGUCGGACGAUGAUGAUGAUGAUGAAGCAGCUAGUGACGACAUGUUUGUACCUAAACCAGUAUCCAAACGUCAUCAGCACAGCUCUAGUAGUGAUUCCGAUGAUGUCAGGCCUGGCAUCCAAGGAAAACUUAGAAGAAACCUGACUCCUCCUGCCAAAACGAGACUGAUUGCGGAAGUCACCGAUGAUGACGACGACAGCUCUAAAAAUAAUAAUAUUGGAACGUCUCUAGAAGAAGAAGAAGACAUCCCGCCGCCAAAGAGCUCUCAAAUCCGGAAACGUAUACCCAAAAUCGUGUUAGAUGAUAGUGAUGAUGAGAAGAAGGAUGAGGACACCGAUGAGCCAGUUAUAAUCUCUUCGUCGCGAGCUAAACGGAAAAAGCCUCGUAGAAUAGUUUCAGAUGAGGAGGACGAUAUAGAGUCAAGUGACAGCAUCACCUUUACAUCUAAAACCGUGAAAGAUAAGAAGAAGGCACCACCUACACUCAUAGCCGAUAGUAGUGAUGAUUUCACGCCGAUCAAAAUGUCGUCACGCCGUGAACGAGUCAGAAAUAAAUUAGCAUCGUCUCAGUCAUUCAAGGAAUGGAAGACUGACAAGGCCAACAAAACUAUGAGAAAAGUCGAUUCUGACGACGAUAAUGAUUAUAAUGGGAGUAGCGAGGAAGAUGUCGUCACGAAGAAGAAGAAGCCAGUUAAAAGGACUCCUAGUGUACCAAGAGCUCCACUCACUAAAGCUACAAGAUUUGUCUAUGAAGGGAAUUCAUAUAGAAGGUGGGAACGAACCAUGCUUUUGAUUGGCUGGCGGUUUUUUUUGACGCAGUCCAAAACUAGUGAGAGACAAGAUGAGACAUAUGCAAACGAUGAGGAUGACGAAUUCAUUGACGAAGAAGAGGAUGUGGAAGAUAACAAUUCUGAUCUUGAAUCACCGUCUCCAGAACCCAAGCCUAGAAAGAAGAAGCACAAGAAACGACGAUCGACUAUAGAAGAGGAUUGGGAGGUUCAGGCUGAUGCUGAAGACCUAAAGCUUUCGACUGAGGCAUCAAAUGAUGUAGAACCCGAGUCGGAGGAUCAAACUAGUCGCCGAUCCAAACGUCGAAGGAAUUCUAAACCCAGCUUUGUGAAGAGAGUCUUGGGCAAAGUUGAAUCUAGUGACGAUAUUGAAGAUGGUGACCAAGAAAACGACAAGGAUUCUUCAGAAGCAGAAUCAUUAGAAUCUAUUAGUCGAUAUGAACUCGAAUUUGAGGCUCAAAAUCAAGAUGACGAGUUUGCGGUCUCGGAUAACGAGAUCGGACGUGAAGGUACCGAAUUAUUUUCCUGUAUUUGUGGUGUUGCAGCCAGCUAUGACGAUUUUAAAGGUCUCAAGAUGGUUUGCAAUCGUUGUCGCAAGAAACAGCACGCUGGUUGUUUCGGCUUCACCAAUAAAGAAGACAUAAAGAAGUGGAUAUGUCAUGAAUGCGAUCCUGAAAAGGAAGCAUUGAAUAUUCCCCUCCGUGAAGCCGCACAUUUACGAACCUUGGUCCAAGAAGCUGGUUUGGAAGAUCAAGCAGUCAACUAUCUGGAUAGUUUGGCCGAUGUGAAUGUGCCCCAUUGUGAAGAUUUUCUGUGUUAUCCGAUACACUAUGCUUGCCAGUAUGGAAUGGCGGAUCUUCUCAAGGCUUUGCUAGACAAAGGAGCUCGUCCCAAUGUAGUAGAUACGAAAAUACGUACCCCUCUGCAUUACGCUGUAGCAUACGAUCAACCAGAUAUAGUAGAGAUACUACUCAACACGAAGCAGACGAAAGCAUUUCGUGAAAUAUGGUUGACCACCGUCGAUAUUGGUGGGUUAACACCCAUUGGAAUUGCUUGUUUGUCUGAAUCACGAGUUGAAAUACUUAAACUCUUGCUCAAGAACGCAAAGAAACUCGAUGCCGAGUUUCCGUAUACUCCGGCGUGCAACUAUAAUUUGCUGCAUAUCGCGGCUGCUCGUGGCAAUGCAGAUGCAAUACCCGAGCUAUUAAGAGCAGGCUUUAAUCCAACUGAUCAAGAUACAAAUGGUCGAACCGCAUUCCAUAUGGCAUGCCGUAGUGUUACUCGAGGAGCAGGAAUAUUUGCUUCAGAGACUCUGAAGAAUCUUAUAAAAUGGAUCUCAGACUCUGCUCAUGAGCGUCUUGGUGUUUUGGACGAUAGAGAUGAUUUUGGAAACACAGCACUACUAUAUGCUUCUGGAUGUGAUGAAGCGGAAGAAGCUGAAUCUGGUCAAGUCUGGAUUGACUCUGAAAAGGAUUUAGAGUUCUCACCGAAUACUGUUGACGACUCUGCUUGGGAUCAGGCUGCAUCGUCUAUGGUACAUCAGCUUUUGGAUGCAGGAGCCAAAACUGAUCCUGUCUCUAUUGCAGACGAGAAUGGUAGAUCUUCUUUGCACUAUGCCGCUGUGUCUGGUCUUCCGAAUACUGUGCUGACGUUGAUUGAGGCUGGGUUUAAAGCGGAUGUUUUGGACAAUGAGGGGUUUAGCCCUUUACUGUACGCCUUCUUCAGAGAACAAGCUAGGAAGGGUGUUCUAAGUCCGCAUAAGCCACGUCUACAGUAUGAAGAAAGUGACUCGGACGAUGAUAGCGGACGUAGUAACCCGUAUCAAGUCCAUGACCUCGAGCUCGAUAACGCUGACGACAACACGCCCUCUUUGCCAGACGAAGAAGGUGGAUCUGUAGAUGAAGACAUUAUUGUUAGAUUAUUGAGAGCCAGCCCGUACCAGUUGUCUCACAUGAGUACUUUGCUCGCUUCAUCAGCUACCCGACCACUCGUAGGAAAGUUGAUUAGGUCACUAGCUACCAAACCGAGUGCAUUUGUAUUUUUAAACACCUUUAUUACCACCAACAUUUGCCGUCUGCACUCGAAUGAUUUGAAGUGGCUGCUAUCCAUACCGGGAUUAAUCAGUCUGGAGAACAAGCGACUGUAUAUACAGCACCGGCUUUCCUUGCUGAAGCCAUUCAGUGCAUCUAUUUCGAAUGUCAAACGAGGUAUUAAUUUGAUGACAAGUGCUUGUGACUUUGCUGCUUAUGAUUCUCCACGAGCUGAUUCUCCGUAUUAUGGGGCUUUGAAAUGGGGCUCGUGUCGACCAGAGCUCAGUAUUCAGUUUGCUGGAGAGGAUGGAAUCGGACCUGGUGUGACGAGAGAAUUCUAUGAUACCCUUGCACCGCUGUUUUUGGACGAAAGGCUCGGACUCUUUAGUCGUGAUGGGAAAGGACUAGCCUUCUUCUCUCCCGACGUUGUAAAGAGCAAAGUCGACGGCUUGGCGACGCUACCUGUUACAGAACUAGCUAAACGAGUAGGAAGAAUGAUGGGUAUCAUGUUCAUCACCCCGAAAGUAGAACUAGGUCUUACCGGCCGAUGCUUGUCUCCAGCAAUCUACAAGACUAUACUGAACAAGGAAGUCACCUCUGCUGAUUGGGAGUUGAUUGAUAUUACGUUUUGGAAAUCAAUUAAUUUUAUAUUGGAGGAGGCUGAUGACGCGCUUUUAAGCGAAAUGACGUUUGAAACCGAUGAGGUCGAUGCUUUUGGCAAACGUCAUACUGUCGAGUUGGUGCGGGGUGGAGCUAAUAAGACAGUGAAUCAUAUGAAUAAGCAAGGUUAUAUAGAUUUGCGUAUUAAUCGGAAGAGGGAUAUAUGUAAGAGGAAGGCUUAUGCGUUCCGAGAAGGCUUCACAUCAGUAGUACCACGAGACAUCCUCGACCUUCUUCAACCUUCAGAGCUAGAAAUCAUGAUGUCUGGUAACGCCACAAUCGACAUUGAAGACUGGAAGGCCAACACGAGAUACGAGCUCUUCACAGCCAUACACAGUGAAAUCAAACGCUGGUUUUGGACGAUAGUCGACGAAUUAUCACAAGAUGAACGGUCAUUACUAUUGAAAUUCGCCACGGGAAGUUCAAGACCACCAGCCAGCGUUGCCCAAAUGGAAUCUAUGGGUGGAGAUUCUGGGUUUGUGAUUAUGUUGUUGGUGCAUGAGAAGGGGAAUAAGCUGCCAACUGCUUCGACUUGCUUCAACACGUUGAAGAUUCCAGCAUAUACGAGUCUAGCACAGUUCCGAGAAAAAUUAUUGAUUGCGAUCAGGCAUGGAUCCACUGGUUUCGCUUUUGCAUAA